AUGCCCGUUUCACGAACCACCUUCUUCAUAAAGGAGCAUGCGCAUCUCUUAACGGACAACGUGGCUGCUCUGAAGGAAUUGUUCGGACAUAACACGUCAGUAAUCGCGAGACGCUACGCUUACCUCAAGACACAACGAAAUGAGGGAAGUCUCCACAACUGCACCGGAUUGGUCAAUCACCGCCAUGCCAUGGCUGAGUUCAAUGACGUCACAUCUGAGCAGAUGAAAUGCCUCGUAUGGAUAUGUGGACUUGUCGCCCCCCAAGAUGCAGAUGUUCGUGCUCGUGCCCUUCGCAAGAUGGAGGACAAGCCUCAAACCACGCUAAAGGAGCUUGCUCCCGGAGUUCAGCACUUUCUCGACAUUCGUCAGGAUGCCGCACUCCUCGAACGAUCAAGUAUACCGCACGUCGACGUCGUGAAUUCCCCAAAGAGUCGAAAUCGAGAGCCGCCGUCACCUUGUUUUCGACGCUUUGGACACAAGCGAGAAUUCUGCAAAAAUUUCCCGGAGAAGAAGAAGCGGAAUCUGGAACAGAAGUGGAAAUCUGCCAACAAUGUCAAUAUAGCUUCGACUCAUGCUAACGUCGCUGUAAACCGCAUCUACCGUAGGUUACAGAUGGAUGGGAAGACAGUACGCAUGCGUCUUGAUACUGGAACAGACGUAACAUUGUUGAGCACUGCAGACUGGACCGCCAUGGGUCGACCGAAGUUGCAAUCACCCCGUCUGACACUGAAGUCUGCCAACAACGAGCCGAUCAAAGUUCGUGGAUGCUACGAAUGCAACUUCAUCAUUGAUGAUCAUCGAGGAUAUGGUACUUGCCAUGUAGCUGACACGCCGUCGCUGUUGGGCUUAGAUUGGAUCGCCCAACACGAGCCACUGUUUCGUCAUUUGACAGAAGGCUCCAUCUGCAACACCUCUUCAAGGACGCUCAGCACCUUGAAUUCUUCUUUCGCAACGCACCUGAGGAAGAAGUUCUCAGCUGUCUUCGCUCCUGGGCUGGGAUGUUGUACCAAGUCAAAGGCUAAGCUCGCUCUGAAGCCUGACUCCAAGCCUCUCUUUCUGAAGGCUCGCCCGGUGCCCUGUGCUGCUAUGCCAAGGAUUUCAACCGAAAUCGAUCGACAUGUGUCUAUACACGUGCUGGAGCUCGUUGAUCACUCAGAAUGGGCAGCACCUAUCGUCACCGUUCAGAAGAAAGAUGGAUCGAUUCGCCUCUGCGCAGACUACUCAAUCGGCCUGAACGAUGCACUACAAUGA